AUGACAGCCGUCAAUGGUACUUCCACUACCUACGCUACUCCACUCACAACCAAAGUCCAAAAUCCCCGUCUGCGGCUGCUCAACAAACUCCGUGAUGGAGAGUACCCUCUGAUGACCUUCAUGGCCAUUCCCUCUGUCCGCCAAGCGCAAAUUGUUGCUUUGACAGGCCUUGACGGUAUCAUUAUCGACUGCGAACACGGGCAUAUCUCUGACGAUUCCAUGCACAACUCUGUAGCAGCAAUCUCGGCGCUCGGCGUUUCUCCCAUCAUCCGCAUUCGUGGACCAGCACACGACAUUCUCAAGCGUGCACUGGAUACGGGAGCUCACGGCGUCAUGGUCCCACAAGUCAACACUGCCGAGGAGGCAGCCGCAAUCGUUGCAUCGAGCAAAUUCCCUCCCCAGGGUAUACGAGGCCAGGGUUCUGCUUUUCCAGCCAUCGGCCACGGAUUGACAACCCCAGAGUAUAUGAAAAGCGCAAACGAGACGAUCAUCACAAUGAUCCAGAUUGAGACGAGAGCGGGUGUGGAGAACGUCGAUGCGAUUGCAGCGGUUCCUGGGGUGGACAUGGUGUUUAUCGGUCCAAAUGACUUGGCACAAGCACUUUUGGGUUACACUCCAGCGCGAGGUGAUGAGCCUGAGUUUGUGGAGGCGAUAGAGAAGAUCGUUGCGGCGGCGAGGAAGCAUGGAAAGUGGGCAGCGCGGAUGGUAAAUAAUGGCGUUACAGCAAAGGAGGGAAAGAAGAAGUACGACACUGUGGCCAUGACUGGUGAUACAAAGGCAAUUCAGAACUGGUAUAUUUCUGAGAUUGAGGUUGCCAAUUCAUGA